CCAACUUUAAAUAAAGCAAACAGUCAGAGCCAACAAUCAUCAUCACCGUCCUCAACUCUCUCUCCACAAAACACAUAGAUACACACUCAUGUAUCUAUCUAUCUGUAUACACACAUUCAAGAAUCAAUCAAUCAACCAUUACAAUUUACAAUCCACAUUUCCAUAAACACAAAGUUCACUUUUUUAUUAUUGGGAUCCCCAUUCUACCACACACCCACAAAAACCAAUCAACAAUCACAUUCUUUUGAUUAACAAAUUUGUGAAAAAAGUAAUUUUCUUGAUAAAGAUUGAAAUGGGGUUCUUCUUAAUCGCUUUAUUUGUGGCUGCCGGAGUUGUUGCGGUGGUGAACGGCGGUGUCGGUGGGUUUCCGGCGAGGGUUUUGACUCUUGAAAGGGUUUUUCCGGCGAACAUGACGACGGUUGAUGUUGAAGUACUCAGAACACGAGACCGUGUGAGACACGCGCGAAUCUUGCAACGGUUUUCUGGUGGUAUUGUUGAUUUUAAUGUUGUUGGUACCUCUGAUCCUUACUAUGGCGGGUUGUACUUUACUAAAGUGAAGUUGGGUUCUCCAGCAAAAGAAUUCAACGUUCAAAUCGACACCGGAAGUGACAUUUUAUGGGUUACUUGCAGUUCUUGCAGUGACUGUCCUCGAUCAAGUGGAUUCGGUAUCGAUCUCAAUUUCUUUGAUGCUGGAAGCUCAUCAACUGCUUCUACCGUAUCAUGUUCGGACUCUAUAUGUUCAUCAAUCAUUCAAACGUCGGAUGCAUCGUGUUCCACAGGCAAUCAGUGUGGUUAUAAUUUUCAGUAUGGAGAUGGUAGCGGGACAUCGGGUCAUUACGUCACGGAUUUGUUGCAUUUCGACACAAUUGUGGGCCCUUCCUUGAUUGCUAACUCUUCCUCUUCCAUUACUUUCGGGUGUAGCACGUAUCAAACGGGUAGCUUGACUAAACCGGAUAAGGCGAUUGACGGGAUUUUCGGUUUUGGUCAACACCGUCUGUCUGUCGUGUCACAACUCGCUUCACGAGGAAUUACUCCAAACGUAUUCUCGCAUUGCUUUAGAGGCGACGGAACGGGUGGUGGCAAGCUUGUUCUCGGUGAGAUUUUGGACCCCAAUAUGGUUUAUAGUCCCCUUGUCCCAUCACAGCCUCAUUACAAUCUGGAUUUACAGAGUAUUGCCGUCAAUGGACAGAUGUUGCCAAUUGUGCCGGCUGUUUUUGCCACAUCAGACAACCGAGGAACCAUUGUUGAUACCGGAACAACUUUGACAUUCCUUGUUGCAGAAGCGUUUGAACCUUUUGUCAAUGCUAUAAAUUCUGCUGUUUCGCGAGUAACAACACCUGUAAUCUCCAAGGGCACACAAUGUUAUUUAGUUACAUCAAGCAUAACUGGAAUUUUCCCGGAGGUUUCCUUAAACUUUGCUGGCGGUGCAGCCAUGAUCCUUAAGCCGGAAAACUAUCUUGUACAUGGGGACCCCAUUGAGGGAGGUACACCGUGGUGCAUCGGCUUCCAGAAAGCUCAAAACGGGGUGUCAAUUCUUGGAGAUCUUGUUCUUAAAGAUAAGAUAUUUGUUUACGAUCUAUCAAAGAAACGAAUUGGAUGGACAGAUUACGAUUGUUCAAAUGAUGUAAACGUCUCCAUAACCUCAAGCAAGGAUGAAUUGAGCGACAGCGGUUCAUCUAGAACCACAAGUGUUCUUCAAGCUCUUUUGCCCCAUAUAGUAGCAGUGGCUCUUGGUUCUUCACUAUGGUAAAAAGUAAAAUAUAUAUAUAUAUAUAUAUAUAUAUAUAUAUAUAUAUAUAUAUAUAUACACGGUCUGCAAGAUUGAACAGUAUCAGUCGAACUUUGGAAAUGUAGAUGCACGAAAGGAGAUCGUUCAGUUUUGUAUUUUUUGAAAGGAAAAACAAUAUUUAUAACGAAAAGUUAAGUGCAACGACUCUAAAAGAUCUGAACCGCGGGUCAUUCGCUCUUUUAGGUUUAGGUUAAGGGGCCAAAUUCGAGUUAGGAGGUCUAAAAUGUUUUGUGGCUGGUAAUUAACUGGUGGGACAUGAUGUGUAGAAACUUGGUUUUAGAUCUUUUGGCUCAUUUGGGUUUUAUUUUUAAUUUUUAUAUUUUGGAGUC